ACAGAAUUGCGCGGAACAGUGGCGCAUCCACACACGGCUUACGGAGCACUCCAAAACGCGCGUGCGCUGAAAUACGAAAUAUCAAAAUAUACGGUGCAGUGUGACCCAUAUAAAUUGCGCUUAAUGAAUUUAAUAAAUUUCGAAAACAAUAGACCGCAAUAGUUCAAUAAAAGCUAAGGCUACGAUGUGGACGCGACUUGUGUUAAUUGUAUUUGUACUCACAAUAGUCGGUCGCGUUUCGCAUGCGCAACGCGGUAAUAUCAUAACGACGUUAUUCGAAUUUUUGCGACGUGGCCAAAGCGAUUUAAAUAUCGAGCAUGUGGACGAUAAUGUGCAGCUCUUAAAUGAGUAUGAUUUCAUUGUCGUCGGUGCGGGUACGGCGGGUUGUACGCUCGCAGCGCGUUUGUCGGAGAAUCCCGCUUGGAAGGUGCUGCUCAUUGAGGCUGGUGGUCCUGAAAAUAUGGCGAUGGAUAUACCAAUCCUAGCACAUUUCCUGCAAUUGACCGAAAUCAAUUGGAACUAUCGCACGCAGCCGUCGGACAAGUAUUGUCUCGCAAUGAAUAACCGUCGUUGUAAUUGGCCGCGCGGUAAAGUCAUGGGCGGUUCCUCGGUGCUCAACUACAUGAUGUACACACGUGGCAACCGGCGCGACUAUGAUCACUGGGCAGCGUUAGGCAAUGAGGGUUGGAGCUACCGCGACGUGUUGCCAUAUUUUCGCAAAUUCGAAGGCUCCGAAAUACCCAAUGCUGAACGAGACUACGUGGGACGCCAAGGACCAGUGAAAAUCGGUUAUCCGGGCUGGCGUUCACAAAUAUCGGCGGCGUUUGUGCAAGCAGCACAGGAGGAUGGCUUGAAGUAUCGUGACUACAAUGGGCGCAUACAAACUGGUGUGUCCUAUCUACAGGCCACAAUACAUAAUGGUAUGCGCUGGAGCUCAAAUCGCGCGUACCUCUAUCCGCAUAAAGGCAAGCGCGCCAAUUUGCAUGUGAAAAAGAACACAUUAGUUACUAAAGUGUUGAUUGAACCGCGCACGAAUACCGCGUACGGGGUGGUGCUAAGCAUUGGCGGUCAAUCCUAUCAGGUGCGCGCAAGACGCGAGGUGAUACUGAGUGCAGGCGCUAUCAACACACCACAGCUGCUUAUGCUCUCCGGUAUUGGUCCUGCGCAGCAUUUACGCGAUGUGGGCAUUAAGCCAAUUGUGGAUUUAGCCGUCGGGUACAAUCUGCAGGAUCACAUUGCACCCGCGGUUUCGUUCACCGCAAAUGUUAGUUCUAUCAGAACGACAGAUUACUUUGAAACCAGCAAUAUAAUGAAAUAUAUAGAUGGCAAGGGCGUUUUCGGUUUACCCGGCGCUGUGGAAGCGAUUGCCUUCUGGGAUCUCGGACAGCCAUACUUAGAAGAUGGUUGGCCCGACUUGGAAAUGUUUCAAUUAGCCGGUUCUUUCGAUGAAAAUCCAGCUACGCUGCGCGCAUUCGGCAUACAACCGGACACGUAUAAUACCAUGUUCGGUAAUGUGAAGAGCGAUGGUUUCAUGAUAUUUCCCAUGAUAUUGCGUCCAAAGAGCCGUGGACGCGUAAUGCUUAAAAGUAGUGAUCCCUUCAAAUACCCACUUUUGUACGCCAACUACUUUGCACAUCCGGACGAUUUGGAUAUAGCAGUGCGCGGCGUGCUGAAGACAAUUAGUUUGAUUGAGAAACCCGCAUUCAAAGCAAUAAAUGCGCGCGUGUUAGAACGCGUGAUGCCCGGUUGUGCGCAAGUGCCUUACAGAUCGCGCGCUUACUGGGAAUGCUAUGUGAGGCAUUUCACUUUCACUAUUUACCACUACUCGGGCACAGCGAAAAUGGGACCGUCGACAGAUCCAGCGGCUGUGGUUGAUCCGAGAUUGCGAGUUUAUGGCGUGCAGCGUUUGCGUGUGGUGGAUGCCAGCAUUAUGCCAGAGAUUAUAGCGGGACAUCCCAAUGGACCGGUGUUUAUGAUAGCUGAGAAGGCGGCGGAUAUGAUUAAGCAGGAUCACAACUACAUUUGAGUUGAUAAGUGACACGUGUGUGGAAGUAGGCGAAGAUAUUAAAAAUGAAUAAAUGUUUGUCAUAGUUAAGCAAUUCUUAGCAAAUUUAUCUCAGGUAUUUAAGGGACGCUGUCGUUAGGGAAAUAAACCUACUUUAAGUUAUAAGAUUUGUGGUAGCAACUACUUAAAACAAC